AUGGAAUCCACGUCGGCGAACACCCCCGUCUUGGACAGCGAGCCUGUUCAGACGGUCUACGCUGCGGCGACCGCCGUGCAGUCGAACAUCGAUGGAGCCGCUUCUCCUCGUCAGAACAGCAAGGAAAUGACCGCGUCGACUUCCUCCAUUCCAGUUGUUCACACGCAGCGGGGCCCUUCGGAUGAGGAAUCCGCCUCGCGCGCGCGGAGCGACGCCAGCCGGCAUUCGGCGCUUUCUGGGCACCGCUCUGGUGGAGCCUCCGGAGCUUCGUCUCCCGUCAGCAUCCGCUCCUCUUCGCGCCACGAACUCGAGCAGUCCCUGCACGCUCUGUAUGAGGAGGAACGUGAAAGCCUUGCGACAAUCGCCGCUCUGGGUGAGCGCCGGAGCAUCCUGGCAAAGGAGGCUGAGCGCCUGCAACGCGUCGUCGAGCAAGCGCGCGAGAGCGGCAAAACUGAUGUUGUGCGCGCGGCGGAGUAUCAACUGCAGGCCAUGCACCAGAAACAACAAGAAAACGAAGCGGUGGAGCAGCAGCAACAAGAACAAAUUGCUGCCCAGCGGAGAGCCGCGCUCGCGCAACGCCAACUGUCUGACGCGGUCUCCGAGAAGUCGCGCGCCGCCGAAUCGCGGCAAACGUCGCUUCAGAAGAAACCCGUUGUCACCCUUUCAGUGCCUGCCAACUCGAGGGAGGCCUCCCACAGCCACGACCAGGCCGCCAGACCCAGAGUUGUGUUGGAGGAACCGCGCUACGAUUUGGACAGAAUGCGCGUCGUCCCCCACAGCUUGACUUCGCCGCUCUCGAGCCCCGAGGGCCGCGCUGAAGCCGGAAAGCUCCUCGCCCAGGGAGUGUCGGUACCCCCGCCACGCUCCGCCGGGAGAUGGAAGCAGCAGGUUGUCAACCUCCUCAGGCUUCCGGGACCGAAUCUGUCUCGACGCCAAUUUAUCAUGUCCUUCUUCCACCCAGCCACCGAAAUGAGCGAGGCUCUGCUCAACAGAGUCUUUGAACAGAUCAAAGUGCAGGCCCGGGAUGCCUCAGGCAACGUGACGGAGCACGUUUCAAUUCCUGUCCUCCUGGACAUCUUGGAGAAGCACAACGGAGAAGACAUCUGCCGCUUGAUCGAUGCCGCUGAGCUCCUUGAGGCUAACGUUCGAAACGUGGAUCGCAAGUGCAAGACCGCUCCCAAGAGCUCGCUUCACGACUUUACUCGCCGCUGCACAUGCCGGUUCCUUCUGAACCUCGUCAAGAAGGCCUAUGCGGAACUGGAGACAACGAGCCAAAGAUUUGCGCCAGCCGUCGCGGUUGCUGGAUACUCCCAGGCCCUCGAAGCUUAUCAACAUAUGCUCAUCAAGAGCCUUGCCACCGAGAAGAACCUGAGCCUCGAGCAGGCCACCGUGGUGAUUUCGAAGUGCAUGCACAACAUGCGCAACGAGCUGGAGACCGAUCUCAUUCAUCUGCGCCGCAUGGAGAUCCAGGCCCAGGCUGACGCCGAAGAGGCGAAGGCGGCCGCUGCGGCGCGUGCCCGAAUCCAGAAGAUGGCUCCUGAAGAGGCUGAGGCCCUUGGCAUUCCCUACUCGACGAUUCUCCACCUGGCGCAGUCUCCAGACAAGGUGCCCGUUGCCGGCAGCUCCUCCCACGGCGUUUCUGCGCCGAAGAACAUCAGCGCCUCCGGUCAGGUUGCGGUGACCUACCGCUAUCCCGACGGCACUUUGGUGACCAACCCUGCUCACCUCCCUGAGGGCGCGAGAGCUGCAGAACUGGCGGCUCAAGCGCAGAUCGAGAAGACCGCGGCGCUUGCUGCCCAGGCCGCCAUGAGAGCGGAAGAGGCCGCUUUGGCGCAGGCGGCGCAGGCAGCCCAGGUCGCGGUGUCCGCUGCUACGCUCGGAGGCGCGCUUUCGGCUCCGCCGCUCGCCAGCCUCAUGCCGACUGCAGCUGCUGAGACCCUGAAGGAGGGAGAGCAGGGUCAGGGUGGAGGGCCAUCGGCUGCAGCCACUUUGCAGGCGUAUGCUGCGGCGCGCACUGCCGACUCCACCGCGGUUCGCCAGGUGUCGCGUGCCAUCACCGUUGGCGCAGCUUCGGCCGGCGGAAUGCUGCUUGCGGCUCCGCAGCCAGGCGCCGAUCUGGCGUCGCAGCAGCAGAGCCGCAUGGUGUCUGCCGCGGAUAACGCACCUGUGUGGCGCACCGUGUCGCUGCCUCAGCACCAGAUGGGGACGACCUCGGGUGUGAUGACGGCAGCUGGCGGGUCGCCUUACGCAAUGCUCCCCCCAGAGGAAGCCGUGAAGAUGAUGAUGGCUCAGGGCGCGCAGCCGGCUGCGACGAGCGGCUUGCAGGUCCCCUCCGAGUUUUCUGCCAGUGGCAUGUCCUUGUCGGCGGGUCCGGCGCCGCUCCGCCCCAGCCUCCAGACGAUGAGCAUGGUCGAGAACCGCGACAUGUUCCGUCGCACGAAGGCGCCCGGCGCGUCGCCAAAGUCCACCGCGUUGCCCUCGCCAGCCAACACGCGCAGCAAGUCGCUCGUCGAUCCACUCCGACAGGCUGGCAAGCUCCUCGCCGGCGCUCUCCGUUUGUGGAAGGACGCGGCUGAAGACGAGACUCGCGAAUCCAGCCAAGUGCAGCCGGCCCAGCAGCGCCUGGCUCAGAGAGAGGCCGCCACGCCAGAUCAAAUGACUGGCCCCGGUGCCCAAGGCGCCGCUGGCCUCGCCGCCGCGGCGAUGGCCGCCCCCCACUACCAGGGCACGCUGCCGUCAACGGCCCUCCCGGGGGUCUGUCCCUCCGGGGCCUACCCCCCCUCUGCAUUCAACGCGGCUGAGCUCGCGGAGCAGGCGCGGUACAUGGAGAGCGCCCAGGCCCAGGCUGCCAACGCCACUGCCAACAUCUCUCAAAAACCUGCGGCGAGCGCCGUAGCAGCCAUGCUCCGUGGGAAAGAGCUUGCGCAAGCGCAGCAAGCGAUGUCCGCCUCCAGGAUGGUGUCCGCAAACAUGCCGCAGCUGUACAUGGCUCAGGAGCAGCGAAUGGUCUCCCAAAGGGGAGCUGAUGCCCAGCCAGGCCUUGCUGCUCCCGGAGCUUCCCCGUUUUUCGGUCAGGCGCGCGCGGCUGCGUCAAACAGCCGCGUGUCGUCCGCCCUGCUGGCUCCUGAGGAUGCCAAGGAGCGCCGCAUCCGCGUCUCGUCCUUCCAGGAGGUCCCGAAGCCCCAGCUCGGCAAGCAGGAAGUGGGAAACCUGGAGCAGGUUCAGGCGCAACUUAAUCAGCUCUCGGUCGCCCAUCUCGAGGCCUACGCCAAGCAGUUCGGUUUCUACUCGACGCCCGAGGCUGCAGCCGCCGCCGUCGGCGGGGUGCCGCUGCAAGGCGUCGGUGCCUUGGCUGGCGCAGAGAACCACAGCAUGGUCACGGUCCGCCAGCAGUACAGCCACAACUGA